GAGAGUGUGACAAAUCUUUUGAGUUUUGAAGAGGAAAACAGUAACUGAAACGAACCCAAGAUUUGAGAUCAACUCUCCUUGAUGGGUAUUUAGAGAAACAAAGAAAGGAGGAGCGGAGGAGCCAACAGGAACAAUUCAUUGGACAAAGACCCACAUUUAUUUUCCUUUUCCUUCUUUUUAUUGGCUGCUGAAGUUUCUUUUCUUUCUGGCAAUAAUGGUUGCAAGAACCCCACCAAAGCAAAGGAAAAUUGUGGUGGCUCCUCUUAAUCCUGUCCUACUCAGAGAAACUGUAAAGAAGGUGGAGAAAUGUAUGGCAAGAUUGCAAGAGUUGCAGUAUACAGUGGCAGGAGGGACAAAGGUAAUAUCAGGGGUGAAUCUAAGUCCAAGGAGUACUAGGGGUUACUUAAGGACUAGUCUCAGGUGCAAGCAAGAGUCUUUGAGGAUGAAGAAUGCGACUCCAAGGAAAUCACCAGUUGGGAAGUUUCCAGCCACUGCAGGAGCUUUUAAUGCAGAUGAAUGGAGGAGAAUGUCAUUGCCAGCAAUGCUAGUAGGAGAAACAGUGGGAGAAAUCCUUCAAGCAAGUCAAUUUGCAAGAGAGAUACUAGCAGCAGUUGAUAAUAAAACCAAGAACAAGACAACUGCUGAGGAUCCUAAAACUCCGCUGACUGAGCAUAGAAAGCAAAGACCACAGCCUGAAAACACUGAACUCAGAGCCAGAAGAAAGAGGGAGAAACAGAACAAACUGCAACUAAUUCGAACAGAAUCCGACUCUCCAUCUCUUCAAAGGGCUCGUUCCAGGAUCAACUUCAAGGUUUCUCCUCCCAAAUUCAGGGAAUUGGAUAAGGAAAACAAUAGACAUAUGGUCAAUAGGGUGUCACCAAGGAAUAGGCCAUGGAAUAAAAAGACUGUUUUAUUCCCAAAUCCUUUGUUCAGCUCAACACCAGCUUCACAUCAACAACAGUUCACCAAGACAAGGUCUCCUGUAAUUGCAAGAAAUAGGCAAACUCCACAUAAGUUCUUGAUCAAGUCUCCUCCAUCAACUUCGAAGUUUCAAGUCAAGAUCAAGAGCCCACCCGUUGUUUCUCUAUCCCCCACAAGAUCAACAAACAUGAGCAAGAAGUCACCAAAGGUGUCAGCUGCUUCCAAGCUACGUAGAUCAUUUUCGCCUUCUCGAUUGGCAAACAGAUUGGUGUCCCCAUUGAAGAGCAGAAAAAGUUUGCAAAGUAGUGAUGCUAGAUCAUUUUCGCCCUCCCAAUUUGCAAACAGAUUGGUCUCUCCAUUGAAGAGAAGAAAAAGCUUGCAAAAAAGUGAUGGAUCGAUGAGUGGACUGAAACAGCGUCCAGUUUUAAUGCCUAUUCGAUUUUCAACUGUAAGAUUUUAAGGGUCCAUUUCUUUGAUUUAUCAGUGUGGCUUGAAGGAAACUGUUUAAAGAUAUUAUUUCACAAUGUCAAUAGUUGAUUUCCUUACAUGGUUUCCCAAUUUUAUUUCCCCAUUUUGUUGGUUGAUUAUCAUGAUGGGCUUUGAAAGUUGAGGCAAACAUUUGUUGGGAGAUAUUCUUUCUUUCAACAAUGCCCAUAGUGGACUUUCUUGACAUGGUUGUGAAUUUUAUCUCUCCAUUUUAUUGAUUGAUGUAAAAUUUUGGGAGAUAAGAGUCUGAUUCUUUGGUUGAAUUGGCCUGAGUGAGUAUUAAUAAAGCAAAACUUCAAGGUAUUCUACAUCCAUUUGGCCAGAAAAAUGGGGGAAGAAAAAGAAAAAAAAAUGCUUUUGGCUAAAUUGCAAUAUCUCAAUCAUAAAAUUUCAUCAUUAUUAUUCUACAUCAGUAAAACAAAUAUGCACCG